GGGUUAUCUGCAUCUACACUCUAUUCUCUUGUCUCUUCUUUAAAGAUGGGAGUGUCCUUCCGUUUUACUCCACUGCGGCGAGCUCUUUGUUGCUUCCUACACACCACCCCACACAACCGAGGCACUAUUUUGGAGCAUGUUUCAUGCUGGUUUCCAGCAGCGGAUACAAAUGUGUAUGUUUCUUCUUCACAAAGAGGCGUGAAAAUAUAUCUUUGUUCAAUCUUUCUGAGCCAUGGCGCCUCUCAAGGUAAUAGUCAUUGGUGGCGGUCUUUCAGGAUCUCUUAUUGCGAACGGCCUUAUCAAUCACAGCAAAGCCCCGAUAGAUGUCGUGGUUUAUGAACGCGACGAGUACGACGCCAAUCGAGGGGGAUAUCAAAUCCGGUUAGGUGCUGCUGCUUUAACUGGCUUUCGAGCAUGCCUUACUAAGGAGCAGUACAAUUCUGUGCUUCAGCGUUUCGGAAGAUCGGGAGGUGUCGUGCCAUCCGCACCUGUGUUCUAUGACUCGCAGCUCAGUCUCGUUCUCGACCUCCGCAAGUAUUCGGCGUACACGAAGUCAGCCCCUAUCAAUCGAGCACUUCUCCGAGACUUGUUGCAACAGCUGUUGAGAGAAAGAAACAUCCUACAGUACGGCAAAAAGUUUGUUCGCUACGAGGCCCUCGAUAGCGUUACGCAAGGUCUAUCGGGAGUUAGGGCACACUUUGCGGACGGAACGACGGAUGAUGCGGAUAUUCUCAUUGCAGCUGAUGGCAACCGGAGCAGCUCCAAUACACAGAUCGGAGCGUCAAAUCUUGUCGAGUUGACUGAUAGACAAGGCUUUCUAUCGAAAGGAGCCCUGCCGCCGUCGUUGUUGAGCACCCUGCCCCAGCAAUUGAUCGAAUCUGGGAGCAUUGCAUGCGCUUCCAAAGGCGUUAUGGCAUUCAUGUCCGUCUAUAUGCCUGACAAACAAGUGAACAUGGAUGACCGGGGGAACGACACUGACACCUUGAAGAAGCAGUCAAUUUACAAUGAAGAAGAAGCCUCUAUCAUGGUAGGGUUCAACUGGGCAUCUACACCAGACAUCCCCAACCUAGAGGCAGUCGUGGAUAGAAAGUCUCUGAUGCUCGAAAAAGUCAAAAAUUGGCAUCCAGGUUUCACCGAUAUCGUUAACGUCGUGAGCGAAGACGACAUCUACAUUGUCAAACCCCGUGUGUCCACUCCUAUCUCUCUAGGGUGGAGAAAGAAAGCUAAAGCUGCUUCACCGGGAAAUUUCGAGGUCGGGCAUCCUCAAGUGUGGCUGCUUGGUGAUGCAAUCCAUCCAAUGCUACCAUCUCGUGGCAUGGGUGCAAAUCAGGCUUUACAUGACUGCGCAGAUGCUCUGGAGCCCCUUUUACAAUUGGCAGAACUUAAAUCGACUAGAGCACUAGAAUAUGAGGACUAUGAGAGGGCUGUCACAGAUUACGAGGAUAAGAUGGUUCCCCGUGCUUUCGAGUGGGUUAAAAAAAGCGGAGGGACAUCUCAAAGUUUCCCAGACACAGACUCAGUCUGCGGGAAGCUAUUUCUGUACUUUAUGGCGGCGGCAUUGAAUGUUGGAGGUGCAUUCACCACGAUAUCAAAAGCAGUGGGCUGGUCCAAGGAGUAUGAUGCACCCGAGCUUCGCUGAGGACGACUGUUAGUCACUCACAUAAUAUAGUUAGUUAUAACUUAGUUAACAACAAC